AGGCUGAGGCUCCUCUCCUGCACCCCACGGGUCGCAGGCAGUCCGUCGACACUCUGGCCGGUGGUCCCGAUGCACUGCAGGCUCCGGCCGACCGGCUGGAGGCGGCUUGGUGGGGGAGACCCCUAGGGCGCACGCGGCACCCCAAUCUCCUCCGCACGGAACGGACUUCUUAGCGCGCGGAAGCCGGGCACUCCCUCCGGGGCUCGGCCCCAGCCUCUCGGGGACACGCGGCAGGCCAGCAGACACCGGCCCCGGCCACCGGGGACUGCCCUCCCGGCCCCCCAACUUGGAGACUACAAGUCCCAGCAAUCCCCGUAGCUGGCACCUCCCGCCUCGCAGCGGAGACCCCCGGCCAUCCCCGCUGAGGGGCUUGGGCUGCGCUCGUGGUCGGACCGGGCCAAGCGGGGAGGCCCGUCCCGCGGGCGGGGGCGGGGGCGGCUCCGCGGCUUCUCCCGCCGCCGCCGCCAAGGGGAGUUUCCAGGAAGUGGCCAUAUUGGAUCCAUUCAGCCGCAGCCGCCCGGGCGGAGCGCGUCCCGCAACCGGCUUGUCCCCGUCGCGGCCCAGGUGUCGCCCCGGCUCGCCCGCCCGGUGCGGAGCUCGCCAUGGCGGCCACUGACCUGGAGCGCUUCUCGAAUGCAGAGCCGGAGCCCAGGAGCCUCUCCCUGGGUGGUCAUGUGGGUUUCGAUAGCCUCCCCGACCAGCUGGUCAGCAAGUCGGUCACUCAGGGCUUCAGCUUCAACAUCCUCUGUGUGGGGGAGACUGGCAUCGGCAAGUCCACACUGAUGAACACGCUCUUCAACACGACCUUUGAGACCGAGGAGGCCAGUCACCAUGAGGAGUGUGUGCGCCUGCGGCCCCAGACUUACGACCUCCAAGAAAGCAACGUGCAGCUCAAGCUGACCAUCGUGGAUGCCGUGGGCUUUGGAGAUCAGAUCAAUAAGGAUGAGAGGCCCAUAGUCGACUAUAUCGAUGCGCAGUUUGAAAACUACCUGCAGGAGGAGCUGAAGAUCCGCCGUUCGCUCUUCGACUACCAUGACACGAGGAUCCAUGUCUGCCUCUACUUCAUCACACCCACGGGGCACUCCCUCAAGUCCCUGGAUCUGGUGACCAUGAAGAAACUGGACAGCAAGGUGAACAUUAUUCCCAUCAUUGCCAAAGCUGACACCAUCUCCAAGAGUGAGCUCCACAAGUUCAAGAUCAAGAUCAUGGGUGAGCUGGUCAGCAAUGGGGUCCAGAUCUACCAGUUUCCCACGGAUGACGAAGCUGUUGCCGAGAUUAACGCAGUCAUGAACGCACACCUGCCCUUUGCCGUGGUGGGCAGCACCGAGGAGGUGAAGGUGGGGAACAAACUGGUGCGAGCGCGGCAGUACCCUUGGGGAGUGGUGCAGGUGGAGAACGAGAAUCACUGCGACUUCGUGAAGCUCCGGGAGAUGUUGAUCCGGGUGAACAUGGAGGACCUCCGCGAGCAGACACACAGUCGGCACUAUGAGCUCUACCGGCGCUGCAAGUUGGAGGAGAUGGGCUUCCAGGACAGUGAUGGUGACAGCCAGCCUUUCAGCCUCCAGGAAACAUACGAGGCCAAGAGGAAGGAGUUCCUGAGCGAGCUCCAGAGGAAGGAGGAAGAGAUGAGGCAGAUGUUUGUCAACAAAGUGAAGGAGACGGAGCUGGAAUUGAAGGAGAAGGAGAGAGAGCUCCACGAGAAAUUUGAGCACCUCAAGCGGGUGCACCAGGAGGAGAAGCGCAAGGUGGAGGAGAAGCGCCGGGAACUGGAGGAGGAGACCAACGCCUUCAACCGCAGGAAGGCAGCAGUGGAGGCCCUGCAGACUCAGGCCCUGCACGCCACCUCGCAGCAGCCUCUGAGGAAGGACAAGGACAAGAAGAAUUAACGCACGCACAGACUUACAUGUCAAGAGCGGACUUUAGACUUUCAUGUGUUAAGUUGCUUGAGUUACACCUUGUGACCCUUCUCCCAUAUCAUGGUGUGAGGACGGACUGGGAGCCGGUACAGACUCCAGUGUUUACAGCCCUGCCUUGUCCCCCACCCCUGCCCCCCGGGCUGCCCAGGCCUGGCGGGCUACCCUCUCUAUGCAAACUUGUUAAAGCCAUGAAUGCUGGAACCCAAAACUGAUGAGGUUUAUUUUUUUCAGAGCCAGUGGCUGGUCUUCCAUUUACAGUGUCACUAUUCCUUGACGGAGCAGUUUUGUGCCGCUCUAGCAGAGGCCCCAGCCGGCGAUGCUCGGCCUAAUUGUUCAGCGUCAAGAUGGCAACUCAUGCAGUGCCCUAGGUGUGGCCACGUGGUGUGGUAUACAUGCUGCAGAAUUCCCCCCACUCCCCUUCAUUUUAAUUUUUCUAACCUAGAGCUUAAUUUCAAUAAUAACUUUUAAAGCACUUCUAAAUUUUUAUUUUGGCACGAGCGUAAAGACAAAUAAUACCCCCUCCCGUUAUUUUCGUAAGUAACACAGAUUCCCUGAUUUUUAAAAACUAAAAAUAUCUCUAAACCUUUCUUAUGUAUAAAGUAUCCCUAUAAAAUAUAGGGAGAGGUGGGUAAUAAACGUCCUGUAAUGACAGUGUUUGGGAUUUCUUUAUGAAUGAAAGUGGAUCAUGAAAAAGGCCACGUUCAGUGUUGUUACUGUGAAUGUAAAUGGAACAGCAGCCCGAAGCAGUUAUCUCUGUGCCCCCCCUCCCCCCCGAGGUGCUACCUGUGAACAGGGACCAACCCCAUGUGUGCAUGUUAAGUGUUUGACUCUUAAUUAACUAAGCCCCCCACUACCCCCCCCCCCCCAGCCCAACCCUGCAUAUUCCAAAUGCAAAGAGUGCUCAGGGGGAACAGGUUUCUCUCUGGGUCAUUCUUUCCUUUUUCCUGGCUGAGUUGCAGGGAAAGAGAUGAAGGUGCCUGAUGUAUGUAAACAAUUAAGAAAAAAACUACCAGCAGAGGAGCUUUUUCCCUUUCAGCUGCAUUCUUAAAAGAGAACCUUCUCAGAAAGUACAGCGUUCUAUGUUCCUGUUGGUUGGCAAGCCACUGAAACUAUCAGGGUUGAAAGUAUGGCCUGAUAAUAUGGGACAUAAAAAAUUAAUAGAUGAAAGGAAGGAUCCCACUUAAUGCUGAUCAAGCGCUGUGCUGGACACAGGCUACCCAGAGUACCGCACAGCUCUGCCCUCAAGGAGCUCAGUCUAGUGCACUCUCUAGUUGGAAGCCUUAGGAAGCUGUGCUGAUACAUUGUUGGAUUGGCGGUUUGUGUUUUUAUGUCCUUCAUUUUCUUUCCCAUCAUCUUUUCCCUCUUCCUGCCUUGGCUUGCUUUACUGAUUUCCAAGGCUAGAGUUCUGGCUCCCUCCUGACCUUCUCAGAUCAUGCUCCAUUCAGAGAGGGGUGGAGGGUGAGCUGUAUGUAUCCACUGAGGUAUGACCAGGAAAAGGUGGUCUUUUUCGCUUCACCUGGAGCAGAGCAGGUUUUGUUGAGACUCAAAGUGAAAAUUCUCCAAAGUUAUGCCAUGACCACGGGUGGAUACAGAUUUUUGAGGGGCUCAGGCUACUUGAGAAGCCUUCUUAAGAGAACAUGAGUAUAAAAUCAGGUACAGGGCCUUGGAAGAGGCCCUGAGAAUUAAGUUUUAUUAGCUUUAGAGUAAACCCACUUGCGGUUGUAACUGGUAACUGAUGCUUCAGUGUGGGUAUCUAAAAAGGUAAAUCAGCAUAUCUAAGGCAGAUGUGGACUGCAAGUGACUUAACUCUAGGGUCAUUAUGUGUCUGAAAGUAUAUUCAGUUGGAUGGAAGUAUGACCUUUAAGAUAGCCUCUGUCAGCUAGUGUAUUUCUGAAGAUGAGGCUCAAUGACCCAGCAGGCUCGGUUAUGUAAGAAAUGAGCACUCCUGGCCAAUCUGGGGACUCUUAGAGUGGUCAGAUCCUGCUGCCCAUCUACCCUCACCUGCACAUGGGCUGCACCCAGGGCAUACUUGGGUGGCCAGAAUUGUGGCUGGUCACCUGCCUGCAGGCCCCAGGCUUCCAAGAAUCUCGGGGCAGACCCGUCCUUGUUACAUUUUCUGGGGUCUGGGCUGCCUCCACAGGACCCUCUGACUUUAGUGAGCCUCACUGCACUUUUCUCUCAUGCUGUUUGUGUUUAGAAUUUUGUCAUUUUUAGCUGAGACCAAAUUAAUCUUUGGUGCACAAGGUGAGCUUAAAAACUUACCAUUCAUUGUUUAACAAGCUACCCACCUCAUGGAAUGUGACCCCUGUCUGCAGGAUCUGAUUUUCCCCUCAUUUUCUGUCUCCGUAUCAUCUGUUGGCAUUGUUAGGGCUGUCAGCGGGAUCACUGGCAUUUACUAUCAUGUCUUUCAUGAACCAAGUUGAUGUUGGGUAGGAUCACCAUAUAAUUUAUUGCCCAAGCUGAGACUUUUGAGAGUGAAAGGAGAUUUUGCUAAGUCAACGAGCAUAAGCCAUGAUUGUCUCAGGCAAACUGGGAGAUAUGGUCACCCGAAUUGUGGGUAACCUGAGUCUAGGUGGUCUGUACUUAUGCAGACCGACUCCAUACAUGUUGUGUAUGUCUUUGUGUGGGUUCCCUGUUAAGUGGGGCUCCAGUUACUGGAUAAGAGGCCCAAGGGAAGUGUGGCUUGCUAGUCUGUUACGUUAACAUGCUUUUCUAAAACUGCUUCACUUGUUAAUUCAUUUAUUCCUUCAUUCAUUGACUGUUUUUGUUCCUUUCCAUUCACUUUGUACUCAUUUUUUUCAUUAAAUUUUGCAUUUAUUUUGA